AUGGCCCCGAACAGGAAGAAGAAGAAACCCUCUUCGAACCCAUCCAGAGGAUUCACAACAGUCUCUGUCCCGUCAAAGUCAAAGGCGACUGGAUCUACAACAUCACUGUCCUCGACUGCGCCAGUGGGACACCAGGAAGCGUCAGAAACCCCGACUGAACCACCAUCACAAGCUUCCAUUGGGUCACAGCCUCAGCCUUCGCUUCAGGAAUUGUCUCUAGAGGAGCUCCAAAAACAUCUUGAGGAUGCUGAACUUCAAUUUCUGGUUGAAAAAUAUGGCGUCAAGUGCAAGAAUGAUGCUUCUCGCCAAGUUCUUAAGUUGGAGACUGAGAAGCGUAUCCUGCGACCCCAAGCAUCCAUUCUAAAUGUGACCGACUGGUUGUCCCCUUCCAUUUUGAAUAAAAUCAAUGAGAUGGAGAAAAUGGAGGUAAAGAAGUCCGUCGAGCAGGCUUCCAGACCCGAAACAGAGGAGGGCCAGAUACUCUCUUCGGGGGAGGACCUCUGUAUAAAACUUUGGACCCUUCGACACACUCUUCUAGGUUUGAAUUUUGCGCCGGAGGAUGUUGAAAAAACUCUGAAAAACUGCCUACAGUUUUGCUUCAACGAUCCAGCAGCUAGGAAGGAUCUUAUAUGGGGCUUAGAUCAAUCUAUUGAAUGGCUUGCCAGGCAUUGCGACGAGAAGAACCUACCCCAAUAUGACGAGCCUAAGCCCAACCACUCAAAUAUCAGGAGGGAAGCGUCCUCAUUUGAGAAGGGUAAACUGGGUUCAAAUCCCUCAAGCACGGGUUAUAACACCCCUAGCGAUACUCGUUCAAGUCUAAGGAAAAUGGAAAGGGAAACACCCCUGAAUCAGUCAAGCUACAACUCUGAUGAGUCUGAUACCAACCCAGACUCUCUGGUUCCUAAAUAUAUUAAUCUCCAUACACAGCUCUACAUGCAACAACCAGAUUUGUUUAAUCGGACGAAGAAGGGAAAAACAAAAGUAAUUUCGUCAUCCACUUCAGGGGAUGACAGAACCCAGCACCUUACAGCCGCGUUGAAAAGAAAUUUAGCAAAAAUCGAAAACGACAUUCUAUUCGAUCACGAUCGGGCUGAAGAGCUAUGGGGGGAAAAGCUAAAUGAGCUAAGGGAAGAUACUGCGAAACACUUACGGAACGCAGCUAAAGAGCGUCCACUAGUGACUCCUCUUACCAAGCCACAGGAGCCUAAAGUUCUAGACGUUUCUGAUACGUUGAUAGAGCCAAUACUGCCUGAUUCGAACGAUAACGAUGAUAUUUUUGGAAACUUAUUUAGCACUGAUGCAGACGGUUCUUCUGCAGUGGUUUCGAAUUCUAAUUGGAAUGGCAAUUCAUCAAUUAGAAGCAGAGACUUUGGCAAACAAGCAGGAUUGAAUCCGCGACGGAUUCUCGAAGAAGCUUGCCGGGCAAGGGACUCUGCAUGGAACAUAGUGUAUAGAGAUGUUUCCUCAACAUCCUUUUCUCAUCGCAAGGAAGUUGAAAUUAGAUGGUCAAAAGCACAAGACCCGCCACCUCCAGUGCGCUUGGACGACAUAUCGUACAGAGGUGGCUCACAUUCAGUAUGUGUGUCAAUGGUGUCAAUUUCAACUCCUACCGCCCUGCAGGCUGAGUCGUACAUUUCAACGGUGGCUCUUUUCAUCUUAUUUUCCCAUUCUCAGAAAGAGGGAAAGGUUUACAUGAGACUGCCUGCUGUAUGGCGAGAUCUGUGGGAUGAAUUCGUUACUGUUAAGAAGAAUCAGGAAGAUGAAGCCGACAAGGAUGUUCUGAGAGCCCUUCAAAAAGUAGUCCAAGAAAAAAUGGAAACAUUAGAGGAUGAUAUUGUGCUUUUGGAUAAUUUCCGAAAACGGAACAGUGGAAUCAACCCCCCCCUCCUGCAAGGGGCCAGUCAGCCAAAUCAAGCUACGAAGCCUGCAGAACAGCUCCGAAAGCUCUGGACGGAUAGAUCCUCAACCUCCUCUUUCGCAGCUAUGGAGUCUUCAAGAAAAACGCUACCUAUAUGGAAGUUCAAAGACCAGAUCUUAGAAACCCUUUCUACCAACCAAGCCAUAAUUAUCUGCAGUGAAACAGGGAGCGGGAAGAGUACCCAAAUUCCUUCAUUUUUGCUGGAGAAUGAGCUGUUGUCAGGCCGAAACUGCAAAAUUUACGUUACAGAGCCGCGACGCAUUUCAGCCAUAUCAUUAGCCAAGCGAGUGAGCGAAGAGCUUGGAGAGGAUAACAAAGCAGUAGGAACCAGUCGCUCGCUCGUUGGAUAUGCCAUUAGAUUAGAGAGUAAAAUUUCAAGCUCAACACGACUAAUAUUUGCGACAACAGGGGUAGUUGUAAGGAUGUUGAAACGACCUAACGAUUUCCAGGAUAUUACCCAUCUAGUAUUGGACGAGGUGCAUGAACGUACAAUCGACAAUGAUUUUCUUUUAAUUAUCCUUCGCAGGUUAAUGCAAGACAGGCCAGAUCUGAAGCUUGUGUUGAUGUCGGCCACCGUUGACGUGGAAAGAUUUUCCAAAUAUUUCCAUGGUGCCCCUGUCUUGAAUAUCCCCGGUCGGAUGUUUCCUGUGGAGGUUAAGUACCUUGAGGACGCAAUUGAAGCUACAGGGCACCAUCCAACCGACGAUCAGCUCUCUGCACCCGUAUAUGACAGCGAUGACCCAUUAAACGAGAAUGCCGAAAAUCCUACGGUAGAUUUUGCAUCCUCUCUGGCAGGUUACAGCAGACAAACCCGAGACACUGUACUUGGAUUUGACGAAUACCGACUAGACUAUAAACUGAUAGUAAACCUCCUUUUGGCGAUUGCAACCAAGAAAGAAUUUGAGCGGUAUAGCAAGGCCAUUCUCGUAUUCAUGCCGGGGAUGGCAGAGAUAAGGCGGCUCAAUGACGAAAUCUUAUCUGAACCGCUGUUCAACAACCGAAAGUGGAUUAUUCACGCUCUACACUCUUCCAUGGCUAGCGAGGAUCAAGAGAGCGCUUUUCUCACCCCUCCAAAGGGCCUAAGAAAGAUCGUAAUUGCCACUAAUAUCGCUGAAACAGGCAUUACAAUUCCAGAUAUUACAGCAGUCAUUGAUACAGGCAAAAACAAGGUUAUGCGAUUCAACGAGAAGAGUCAGCUAUCCAAAUUAGUAGAAUCUUUCAUAUCGCGGGCGAAUGCCAAACAACGUCGAGGCCGCGCCGGUCGAGUACAGAGUGGACUUUGCUUUCAUUUAUUCACGAAGUAUCGCCAUGAUCGAUUGCUUGCCGAACAGCAAACACCAGAAAUGCUCCGGCUUUCGUUACAAGAACUCGUCCUUUGGGUGAAAAUAUGUAAUCUAGGAGACGUCGAACAGACACUUUCAGAAGCCAUCGACCCCCCAUCGUCCAAGAACAUACGCCGUGCCAUUGAGGCACUUAAAGAGGUCAAAGCAUUGACGAGUAAUGAGAAUUUGACUGUGCUUGGGAGACAACUUGCGAAGUUACCUUUAGAUGUCCUUCUCGGAAAACUUAUUAUCUAUGGGGCUUUUUUUAAAUGUCUAGAUAGCGCAGUCAGCAUCGCCGCGAUCCUAUCAUCGAAAUCUCCAUUCGUCAACACUGUCGGUUCUAACUCCCAAAGGGAACUUGCGAAGUUGUCAUUUAAACGGGGAAACUCGGAUCUUCUUACCAUUUACAAUGUGUAUUUAGCAUGGAAACGCCACAGAAGUACUCCAGGGAUGAGCGAAUACGCGUUUUGCAGGAAAAACUUCCUGAGCCCACAGACGUUGCUCAACAUCGAAGACAUAAAAUUGCAACUCUUAGUAUUGAUUGUUGAUGCUGGACUAAUCAUACUAGAUUCUGCUGAACAGGAAUCUCUGAAAAGAGCCCGCUUUACUGACCGCCAACGCCACUUCUUUACCGUGCCCAAAUGGGCAGAUAUCAACAGUGCGAAUGACAUAAUCAUAAAUUCAGUGAUUGCAUGGAGCUUUUAUCCCAAACUACUCAGUCGCGACGGGAAAGGCUGGAGAAAUGUGGCCAAUAAUCAAACGGUGUCGCUCCACGUAUCCUCCGUGAACCAACGGCUCGAUGCCCCCUUGGAAUGGCUUUCCUUUUAUCACAUCAUGCAGUCUCGCAGUCGAUGUUUAAAUGCCCGUGAAACGAGCCCGGUGGAGGACUUUGCAAUUUCAUUGCUGUGUGGAGAUGUCGAGUUCAAGCUAUUCGCUGGCAUCAUCGCCUUGGACGGCGCCCGCAUCAGGUUCUCCGUCAAGGAUUGGAAAUCAAUGCUAGCUAUAAAGGCACUCAGCACUCGAAUACGAAAUAUUCUAUCCACCAAUAUUCGUAACCCGCAAAAGGAAUUGGCACCCAACGAACAGCGUUGGAUUGAUUUGUGGCAACAGGUAUUUUCAGAAGCGUGGGAACGGGAGCUUGCGAAGUAG